UCAUAUAGACCCCUAGAUUGGUCUUGCAUGAAACUGACAGUUGGAGAAACUUAUUUUUUUUUGUUACAUUUUCCUUUUUAGGAAGAACCGGGAAGAAACUAAACAUUUGGAAUCAGAACGUCUAGUUUUGCCAUGACAGGUUCUUGUUCUUCGUCUCCACCACAACAUUUCUUCUUCUUCUUCUUCUUCUUCUUGUUCGUCCCUUUUCUAAGCUUAGCACAACAAACUGUGGAUAUAAACAGUUCUAACUGGGAUAUUCCUCCGAAGUCACUAUGUCUAUCCCAACAAGGCAACUUCUUACAUUCCGAAUUCUUCCACAACCUUAAACGUCUUGUCUCUUCAAUCCAAUCUCUCCGUUCCAACACCUACAACUUCUACAACCUCUCCAUCGGAACAAACUCAGAUAAAGAUAAAGUCCAAGCCAUGGGGCUAUGCAACAGAGUACUCAGUCGAGUAGAUUGUCUCAACUGUAUCUCCCAUGCUGCACAGAUUCUAACCACAAGCCACUGUCCACGUAGCAGAGAAGCUCACAUACGUACCUCAAAAUGUAUGUUUCGUUACUCGGACAAGCCCAUUUUUGGGAAACUCAAAACGUUCCCUACCAUGGAGGCUGUGAACCCAAACAACGCUACUGCAAACCGAACCGAUUUUAUUCGAAUGCAGAGCAAGUUACUUAACCAUCUCAUACUCCAAGCUGCAAGAGGUGACUCUAAGAGGAAGUAUGCUCAAGGAGAUGGUCCUGCUCCUCCACCUUACACCAGAUUCUACGCCACCACGCAGUGCACGCCUGAUUUGUCUCAUAAAGAUUGCAACCGAUGUCUCCUUUAUGGUCUUCAGAACGCGACGGAAGGGAGAAUUGGGAUCAGAUGGUUUUGUCCGAGUUGUAAUUUUCAGAUUGAGAGUGACCUGAGAUUCUUCCUUUUAGAUUUUGAGUAUGAGCCUGAUGGCCCUGAUCGAUCAACAAUAACAGGAAUAAGCAAAACCAAAAGUAUUAUUGCGACAGUGGGCUCAGUUGUUGGUUUAGUCAUAAUCAUAAUAUGUAUUUACUUCUUAUUGACAAGGGAUAGAAGAAAAGAAAAACAAAGUCUUGAAGGAAAAGAUGUCAAAGACAGUAAGAUUAAAGAUGCACAAUUAUUUCAAAUGGACAUUGAUACCAUAAGACUAGCAACUAAUGACUUCUCUCCUAACAAUCACCUUGGAGAAGGUGGCUUUGGUGCAGUUUAUAAGGGUGUUCUUGUUUCUGGGGAAGCGGUGGCUGUGAAAAGAUUGUCAAUGAAAUCAGGACAAGGAGACAAUGAGUUCAUAAACGAAGUCUCAUUGGUCGCAAAACUUCAACAUAGGAACCUUGUUACGCUUUUAGGUUUCUGCUUAGAUGGAGAAGAACGACUUCUCAUCUAUGAGUUCUUCAAGAACACAAGCCUCGAGCAUUAUAUAUUUGAUUCUAAUAGGAGAAUAAUCCUGGAGUGGGAAACGCGUAAGAGAAUAAUCUUAGGUGUUGCUCGAGGUCUUCUUUACCUCCACGAAGAUUCUCGUAUCAAAAUUAUUCAUAGAGAUCUUAAAGCAAGCAAUGUUCUAUUGGACGAUGAAAUGUAUCCGAAAAUCGCGGAUUUUGGAACGGCUAAGUUGUUUGAUACAGAUCAAACAAAUCAGAUCAAGUUUACAAGCAAAGUUUCAGGAACCUACGGUUACAUGGCUCCAGAGUAUGCGAUGAACGGGCAGUUCUCAGUGAAAACUGAUGUAUUUAGCUUCGGUGUACUAGUUCUUGAGAUCAUUACAGGAAAGAAACACAACUGGUCUCCAGAAGAAGAAACCUCACUGUUCCUCCUUAGCUAUGUAUGGAAAUGCUGGAGAGAAGGGAAAGUGUUAAACAUUGUGGAUCCAACUCUGAUUGAAACAAAAGGUCUAAGUGAUGAGAUCAUGAAAUGCAUUCACAUUGGUCUGUUGUGUGUUCAGGAGAAUGCAGAGAGUAGACCAACAAUGGCUUAUGUUGUUGUAAUGCUGAGUGCGAGCUCUUUCGCGUUACCGAGACCCUCACAACCUGGUUUUUGCCCACUUGAUGGAGAAUCAUCAUCAUCAAGAGGCAAUCACACAAGUAGUAUUCCGUCUUUCAAUAGUGUUUCAAUCACUCAGUUAGUUCCUCGUUAAUCCGUGUGUAAUUGUAUUGCUUUAAAAUCUACUUCAGCAUGAUCAUUGCUGAAUCCAGUUGAUGAACAAAACUUGUUGAUAGUGUUGUAAACGAAGAAAAUUUCAAUGGCUUAGUGGUAACUGCCCUAUAUUUAUGUCA